UCCGCAGUCUCUAGUCAUCCCCUGUACUGUCCGCAGUCUCUGGUCAUCCUCUGUACUGUGCCCGCAGCCUCUGGUCAUCCCCUGUACUGUGUUCGCAGUCUCUGGUCAUCUCCUGUACUCUGUCCGCAGUCUCUGGUCAUCCCCUGUACUGUGUCCCCGCAGUCUCUGGUCAUCCCCUGUACUGUGUCCGCAGUCUCUGGUCAUCCCCUGUACUGUGUCCGCAGUCUCUGGUCAUCCCCUGUACUGUGUCCGCAGUCUCUGGUCAUCCCCUGUACUGUGUGUGUUCCCCGCAGUCUCUGGUCAUCUCCUGUACUGUGUCCGCAGUCUCUGGUCAUCUCCUGUACUAUGUCUGCAGUC